UUCCUUACAGAUGUCAAUGAAUGUUCCAAUGAGAAUGGAAGUUGUGAGGAUCAGUGCUGUAAUACUAUUGGUAGCUACUACUGUAAAUGCCCUGCUGGACAGACAUUGGGAGAAGAUGGCAAGUUGUGCCAUGAUGUUGAUGAGUGUACAGUAUUGAAUGGAGGCUGUCAGCACACCUGUGUUAACACUCAGAAUUCUUUCCAUUGUGAAUGUGACCCAGGCUAUAGACUUCAUACUGAUGGUCGUACCUGUAUAAUUGUGAGCACUUGUGCAGUGAACAAUGGAGGUUGUGAGCAUGAAUGUGUGCAAGUUGACGACAAUCAAUACAGGUGUCAGUGUCGGGCAAAGUAUCAGCUGCAGAGAGAUGGAAAACACUGCCAAUUGCUGGACCCUUGUCAAGAUAGGAACGGUGGCUGCAUGCAUGUCUGUAACAACCAUGGAGGAGUUGCUGUCUGUAGCUGCCAUCCAGGCUAUGAGCUGUCACUGAAUGGCCAAAGCUGUGACGAUGUUGAUGAGUGCAGCUUGAGGACUGUGACAUGUGCUCAUGGUUGUGUGAAUACCCUGGGGACAUUCACGUGCACAUGUAAUCCUGGCUUUGAGCUUGGUGCUGAUGGAAGACAGUGCUACCGAAUUGUAAUGGAAAUUGUGAAUAGUUGUGAAGCAAAUAAUGGUGGCUGUUCUCACCACUGUACCCACAGAACCAGUGGUCCACUCUGUUCAUGUAACCGGGGUUAUCAUCUUGAUACAGAUGAAAGAACAUGUAAAGAUGUCAAUGAAUGUGAAACUGGCGAAGCAUGCUGUUCUCAGUUCUGCAGUAAUUAUGAAGGAGGUUAUGAAUGCAGCUGCAAAGCAGGAUUUCGACUCAGUCUUGAUGGCUGUGGUUGUGAUGAUGUGGAUGAAUGUGUAGCAGACAGUGCCAUUUGUGAACAAGUUUGCGUGAACACCUUGGGAUCAUAUGAGUGCAGUUGUAGUGAAGGCUAUAGACUCGAUCUGAACAGGAGGACCUGUCUGCUUGUUUAUGAUGAAGAACCUGAUGUAGAGGAAGACGAAGAAGAACAAACCGAUGUAUCUAAACUACCAAGCAUAUUGGUUAGAAAAGCCCCAAGGCUAAUAAAUUACAUGGCAGAUAAAUACCCUUUCUAUGAAGAUGAGGAAGAUAUCCGAGGAGAACACACCCUUGUUCACAAAGUUGUUUGCUUUGACAACACGUUUGGACCAGAUUGUAGUGUAACCUGUGAUGACUGCAUGAAUGGAGGCACAUGUAACGAUGAAGGCAAUGCAUGCAGCUGCUCUCCAGGAUGGACUGGCAUUAUCUGCAAUGAAACCUGCCCCAAGGGAACAUAUGGAAAAGACUGUAAUGGUAUCUGCAAUUGUCAGCAUGGAGGAUCUUGUGAUUCUGUUAUGGGAAAGUGCCUCUGCUUGCCUGGAGUCAAAGGAGAAUUUUGUGAAGAUGGUUGCCCUAAAGGACUUUUUGGAAAAAACUGCAAUUCAAAGUGUAACUGUCCAUAUAAUGGCUAUUGUCACAGAAUCUUUGGUGCUUGUUUGUGUGAGCCAGGUCUUUAUGGGCGACUUUGUCACUUAGCUUGUCCUAAAUGGACCUAUGGACCAAGCUGCUUUUAUGAGUGUCAGUGUACCCAAGGGAACUCACUCAGCUGUGAUGCUAAAAAUGGUGUCUGUAUCUGUAAGGCUGGUUAUCAAGGAAGCAAGUGUGAGGAAGAAUGUUCACCAGGUUUCUAUGGUGUUGGUUGUAAAAUGAAAUGUAUUUGUGCUGUCGGUACAUUAUGUGAUCGUGUUAAUGGAGAAUGCAGAUAUCAGUGUCCACCUGGAUACCACGGAUAUGAAUGCAAGUUACCUUGUCCAUCAGGCACAUAUGGACAAAACUGCAGUCAAGUUUGUCAGUGCUCGUCCAAAAAUGAGGAAUGUCACCCAGUUACUGGGCAAUGUUCUUGCCUUCCCGGUUUCUAUGGAAGCCAUUGUGAUAUUAAGUGUCCUCAAGGUACCUAUGGACCAUACUGCAAGAAGAGAUGCAAAUGUCAGAAUGGCGGACUCUGUGAUACUCUGACAGGCACCUGUGAAUGUCCUCCUGGAUUUGUAGGAGCUGACUGCAGCACUACUUGUCCAGAAAAUUAUUUUGGAAAAGGCUGCAGUCUGCUGUGUUCAUGUGGUGAAAACGCAUACUGUGACCCCAUAACAGGAAAAUGCAAAUGCCCUCCUGGAAGAACUGGACAAACCUGCCAGCUAGUAUGUCCAAGGGAGAAGUACGGUGAAAACUGCCAAGAAACAUGUUCGUGUAUGAAUGGAGGUAUAUGUAAUCCUGCUGAUGGUACCUGCAGCUGUGGUCUUGGCUGGACAGGGAAUAACUGUGAAAAAGAGUGUGCUUCUGGUAAAUAUGGUGCAAACUGCCAGCUGAAAUGCCAGUGUUGGAACAACGGAACAUGUAACAGGUUCACAGGGUGCUGUCAGUGUGUGGAAGGGUAUUACGGGCCUAGCUGUGAGCACAGCUGCCCUCCUGAAUUUUAUGGCUUGAACUGUGCUUCUGCCUGUGACUGCCAUAACGGAGCUGUGUGUGACCCGAUCAGGGGACACUGCAUUUGUUCUGCUGGCUAUCAUGGUGUCAAGUGUGAAAAAGAAUGCAGUCCUGGAACCUUUGGAGACAAGUGUCAGAACUUUUGUGACUGUGCAGAAGAUGCAGAAUGUCAUCCUGUGACAGGGAACUGCCUUUGUCCUCCUGGAAGAACAGGUGUCAGAUGUGAUAAUGAAUGCAGUGGAAAUAUGUAUGGUCCCAACUGUUCCUUAACCUGUCAGUGUUCUAACAAGGCCCAGUGCAAUUCCCACAAUGGAAGAUGCACCUGCCCCUAUAACUUUUGGGGGCCUACAUGUGAAGAAGGUGGUCUUCCUCAACUUUCGUCACAAGACAACAGUACCCAGCUAGAAGGAGAACAUUCUAUUUAUUCACCUUUACAUUCUUAAGCAAGUGCAGCUUGAUUUGACAUUAAUUUAUUGUUAUACACAGACGCUGUUUUGUUGCCAGAUGUGGAGCUUAUAUUCCGUGUACUACAGACUGAACCAAGACAUGUUCCCGCUCCUGAAGGAUUGCAACCCAGGUCUACAAGAUUGAUAUAUUCAUGAAGUUAUGUUUCCAAGCAACUCUUAUUCCUUUGCUAUGCUUCAUGGGAGGACAUUUGCAGAUUUAUGCAUACCUCCUUUUUGAUGCGCAGAGGACUAAGGCAGUGUGACUGUCAUAUAUGCCAGAUUCAGUAGCCCACAUGCAAUAUGAGGAACAUUUCCAAAGAGUGACUUGUACAUAUUAUAUCAGUGGUAAGCUAUACAUGUGCCUUUGAAGUGUGAAGAACAAUUCAGAAAAUAAAUUCAUUACUUUUAGUAUAGGCACUACAUGGCUCACUCAUGUUUUGGAAGGAAGUGUGACAUAGUAUGCAUCAUUUUCUUUAGAGAUGCGAUUGUUUUCUAUGCCUUUUUUUCUCAUUAAAGAUUCCUGCCAUUAUUUUUUCCUCAUUAACAUUACCUGAUAUGUCUGACUAUGUCAGCAUAAUUGAAUCAAGAUGAACAUUGAAGAAAAUAAAAAAAAAAAUUACAUUUUUCCGGAUGAAUCAUGGAUGAUGAUGGCCAUUCGGAUAAAAAAAAAAUUUAGCUAUCAGACAUAUGAUCUGAUUUGAUUUGUCUUUGAGUCUACUAUGAAUGUUUGCUUAUAACUUUUGUUCUGGAUUAUUGUUAUAUACAGUAAAAUGUUGUUUAAUAAUCUUCCUGCUGUUAAGAAAUCAUACUCAUAGUUUCAUACAUUUGUCAUGAAACACUUCAGAUCAUGUGCUGUUAUUGAAGUGUAUCUUUCUUAACAAAGAUGCUGUUUAAAACAUUUGAUAACAUACUAUAAGUUCUUUCAAAUGUAGCUGCACAAAGUAUGUUUUAAUGUGCGCCUCAUUUUAGUGAACAUGAAGUUAUUGAUUGAAAAUUGGGUCUCAUAAUUAGGGAUCGGAGAACCUAUGUCUACAAUGAACUGCCCUUUGAUGAUCAUGUAGCCACGGUUGUAAGGAAGUCCUUUUUCAUUGCAUAGCUUAUAUCUAGUAUUCCACUGUAGUCUGCAAUCUUUCGGCCAAAUAUUGAAUAUAAAGCCUCUUUCAAUAUAUACCUGUCAAAACAUAUGUCACAACUGGAAUGAGCACACUGCUUUCUCAGUAAAAUAAUCAAGGGCCUGAUUCAGAGGUUCAUAAAUUAGUACUAGGCUAACUCCUCUUGUGGGGCAUUUUAAGCCUAGCCAAUUAUCCCAUGUGCGAAUCAAACCCUUCACCUUGUGUCUGUAAGGUAAAUGCCUUAGCCAUUAUGUCAACAUCCCACAAAAUUUCCAUUUUCCCAUUUCCUUAGAUUCAUGUUUUCAUAAAUUCAUAGCUAACUAAAGGGCUAGCUUUCUUAAUAGGCCACUGUGAACCUAACCAAUUUUAAUUCCCAUAGGUAAGAAUCAAACUCUGUAUCUUGUGUCUGUCAACCACCUUAACCAUUACACCAACCCUCAAUCAUAAAAGCUGUGCAGACCACUUCAAAGUCUUGACCCUCUUCUUAGUAUCAUACAGGGUACUAAGAGAAGACCUCUGCCUCAUGUAUAGAAUCUCAACAGACACUAUUCUGUCAGACAUAUUACAUGUUGACAAAUCCAAUGUUAUCAUAAGCAUGCACUCAAGGAAUCUCAGCAACUUUUGCAAAGUAAAUUGAGCACAUUAGAGGGACAGUUUGCAUCACAGAGAAUACCUCUUCCAUGGGACCUUCUUCCACUCUACAUAAAGCAAAGUACUUCUCAUACUCUGUUCAAAUGUAAUUUGGAUGAAUGGAUGGGUAACUGCAAAUACACCCCAGUUUAACACUCAUGUUCCCAAUAGAUAGGGGAUACUGUUUCAAUAUGUCCUUGUGCAGCUCUUCUUUGGGUUAAUUAUAUGCAAACUAUAAGGGCUAAAACUGCCAUGGGAUCAAUAUCCUAGUAAGUACCUAUGAACUUGUAAGUAUUUAAAAUAUAUGUACAGCUAAAUGUAGAGAAUAAUUGCAGUUUACUUCAUCAGCAUAAACAUUUGAGGGGUAUUUUCUCAAUGGUAAAGUGUUACCAUUAUUAUCACUUUUUUUAAUUUUAGUUUAUUUUAAUCCUUUUAAUAAACUGCUUCCUGGCUAUGUCCCUGAAAAUAGGCCAUUAACCCAGCAGAACUAACCAAGUCAAAAAACAAGUUAAACUAUCAUUGUAAAGAAUCUGUAUAGUUGGAAAACAAAAUGGAUUUAAAAAAAUGUACUGAUUUUACAGUUUUAGAUUGUUAAUUGUAAAUGUUUUAUUAUGAAUGGAAUACUAACAAAGAAUCUUCUUAAAGCAAUCUAAGGAAACAAAGUAUACAUUGAUUGUAUGCUGUAUAGCCAAUGUAUGAAAAUGAGAACUCUGUUUUACAGCACACUUAUGAAAUAGAUUUAAUAGCAGGAAAUAUACAUGGCUUAAAAGUAUCUGUUAUUUUAUUAUUCUCUGUUUUAUUUCAUGAUAGAGAUAUUUGUCAUUUGCAGGCUCACAAAGGUGAUUUGAUCUUUUAUACUGGGAACUAAUUUGUUGAAAGACAGUUUCACUGAAUUUGCUCCCUGUGAUGUGAAGCAUCCCUGACUUUUGUGGUCAGGCACUGUAACCCUGACCCACUCAACUAAUUACUUAAAUAUAACAUCUUCACAUCACAGUGCUUUUGUGAAGGGCAGCAAACUUGACAAAACUGUCUUUUGUUGAAUGGGCUUCCAAUUAGAUGAACCACUCCCACACAAAGUUUGUACCAGUCAACAUUGUCUAGAAAGCUGAUUCCAGUAUAAUAUUUUCUUAUAUCCUUUGAUCAUACCAGACUGUGGAAUAAAUGUUUUUCGUUUAACAGUCAUCAUCUAAUUCAUGUUUAAUUUUAUUUAGCAAUUUUUAAGUGGUAUCAUAUUCCUUAUUUUUUAUUUUAUGGUUGUCAUCUACUGUCUAGAACAGUUGCUGUAUAUCAAGGUAUGUAAUUUUAAUUUUGUGGUACAGUCAAUUCAUGAUUUGCUUACAAAGAAGCAAACUAUAUGCUAAAUGUUUGCAUGCCAUAUAUAUGAAACAUUUACUUGAGUACUUCAAGGAAAAACAAUAAUAUAGAAACUGGGAGAAAAAAUGUACUUGGAUAAAAAUGAUCCCUAUGUGUUGAAGCAACUAAUUUUUUUGAACAUGUGUUCGAGGUGCUAAAAUACCUGUUUAAAUUUCAAUAUGAUGGUGCUUUUAUUUCUUUUUAAAUUGCUUUUUUUCAUUCUGCAAAUAUGACAUACAGAUACACUGUUAUUCUUAUGUUUCUUGAACUCACAGAAAAUGACAAAUAAAGCACACUGCAU